AUGGCCUCGCACACGCCCAUCGCCUCGACUUCGGCCAUUCCAGCAGGCGCAGAAGAUUGCACAGACUGUCUUCAGACCUGUCCAGCCUGUCCGCCGCCGCCAACCUUCGCUUGUUGCCCACCUACCGACCCUUCCUGCCUUCCCGCAUCCUCGACUUUCGCCCAUUCCUUCUCGCACGGCUCGUCAACCUUCGUCUCGCCAUUUCCUGCAGCCUGGAACGUAGCAGAAGAGUGCCUGGACUGCGCGGCGGGGACGUCAGGAACGGGUAGCGCAGCAGCGUCAGCUGCAAAGUCGCACCUGGCAUGGUGUUGCGACGCCGAAGAGUGCUUGUCGCCGGUCGCAGGAGCGCACGCAACGCUAGGCAGCGCAGGACCGAGCGCAACGGCGGGAGACGGCGUACCGUGGGACCAGAUGCUCCAACUCGACUCUGCGCAACCUUCUUCCUCCUCGACGUCCAUCUCCGGCGACGACUGCCUCCAAUGCGCCGCCCUCCCCCUCGUCGACGCAUGUUGUGCGCCGUCAGCGAUACAUGCCGGCUGUACCGACCCGACUUGUCUUCCUCCUCCUGCGCCCGUUUCCGACGAUUGUCCGACUUGCGUCGAGAGCCUCAGCUUGAUCACGACGAACGACGAGGAGCGACAUACGGCUGCGUCCGAUGGGAAGGGAAAGGGGGUCCUGCACGAACAGGCGAAGAACGGAGAUGAGCAGAUGGGGGAUUUGGACAGUCUCUUGCACGGGCUGGAUGAGCAGACGAUCCAGGAAAUCCUCAAUUGUUGCUGCUGCGACACCGUCUUGCACGACCAGCCUUCGACCUUCGAUCCGACGACGCACCUUCAGCAUCAGCAACUUCCGCAGCACAUCCACUGCGCCGACUCGCAUGAACCCUCUCAACCCUCUCAUACCCGUUCUCACGCCCAUUCCCAUCGACACCCUGUCCCUUCAGCUCUCGAUUCCGCCGCAGCUCUCGACCAGCUCCUUCGCUCGACUUUCCAGCCUCCCACACCCGCUUCUUCGUCUGCGACAUUAUCUCCUCCGAACCGGUCCGCGACCUUCGCCUCCCCUUCCACUGUGUUCAGCUGCGGCUGGCGAGACUGCGCCCUCUCGUUCGUCUCACACGACGAGUUGACGAUGCAUGUCCUCGGUACACACCUCGUCAGCCCGACCGACACAGCGCCGUCAUCGUCGGCAGGAGCGUCGAGUCUGGCGCGGAGCGCGCUGCUGCAGCUCGUGCAGCAGGCGCAGGCGUCGGGUCAUGGCGGUCACGCAGAUGCGCUCACGGCGGCACUUCUCUCGGUCCUCACCUCCGCGCUCCCCGCCUCAUCCGGCUCCCUCCCGCCUCCAUCCGGAUCGACGGGGCAGUCUGCGCUUCCGCUCCAGCACACUCACAUCUACGCUCAUUCGCACACGCAUCUCCAUCGCCAUCCUCGCCCGCACGCUCUGCACCGGCAUCCGUACGGCGCAGCGCAUGCACACGCCGUCGCAGCGAAGCGGGAGAAGCAGCGACAGCUGCGGGUCGGCGAGGCGCCUCAUGCGUGUCAGAGCGGCGCCGUCUCUCCUCCUCCUUCGAUCGCCGUCACUGCUUCCCGCGAAGCGUCCGUCUCUGUCACGCCCAUCUCUCCGCCAAGCGACGUCGACGCAGCACCUUCGACUUCGACUCCCCCUCCCCUCGCUUCGACUUCCGCCUCUUCCCCUCCCCUUCACACUCACGCCUGUCACUGGCGCCACUGCACCCUCACCUUCCCCACCACCUCCCUCCUGAUGGAACACCUCUCCACGGCACACGUUGGGGCGGGCAAGGCGCGCUACACGUGCGAAUGGGACGGGUGCGAGCGGAGCACGUGUUUGGCGGCUUUCGAGGAGGGCGAGGAUCCGGAGGUCUUGGGGGACGGCGAGUGGGAGAGGAGGAGGGAGGAGAGGGAGGAUAAGGGAGUGUUUAGGCAGAGGCAGAAGGUGAUGCGGCAUUUGCAGAUGCAUACGGGCGACCGCCCCUUCGCCUGCGACGUCUGCGGCAAGACCUUCUCGGAAUCGCUCACGCUCGCGCAGCACAUGCGCGUGCAUACGCAAGAGCGGCCGUACGUCUGCGAUCAUCCAGGUUGCGGCAAGUCGUUUGCGCUCGCGUCGGCAUUGACGAUCCACAAGCGCACCCACUCUGGCGACCGCCCCUUCGUCUGCACCCACCCCGGCUGUACCGCCGCCUUCUCCGAAUCGUCCAACCUCUCGAAGCAUGUCCGCACGCACGGUUCGGAGCGCCGCUACACCUGCGCCGAACCUGGGUGCGGCAAGUCGUUCGCGAGGAGCGAUCAGCUGAAGAGGCAUGCGAAGGUGCAUGAGCGGCGGAAGAGGGGCGCGAAGGGCGAAGUGGGAGGAGCAUCGUAG